CUGUUGACCGAUCACAUUUAAUAAUAAUAGUAAAUAGUGAUGUAAUGUAAUACUUAAAAAAUGGCAAGUAAAAAAAAAAUCUAUAGUAAACCCUGACCUUGUAAAAAAUGGAAAAUCAAGAAGGUCCUCAUAACUUAAAUAGACAACAACAUGUCAAUCCACCGCAAAAUGGUCGAACCUCUCCUGUAGGAGCAGCUUUUCCCAACGUUAAUUUCGAAGCUUAUUUAGAUACUUUAGAAGAUCCUUCUGCAAAUGGAACUUAUAAUUGGCAAAGUUCACGACCAUCAAUCAAAGAAAGAAUUGCUUUUUUGUUUAACAACGAAACACUUAGUGACAUUUAUUUUAUUUUAGGAAAAGGAACUGCUGUUCAACGGAGAAUUCCAGCACACAAGUUUGUUCUUUCAAUAAGCAGUGUUGUUUUUGAUGCUAUGUUUAAUGGUGGUUUUGCUUCAAAAACCAGCAAUGAGAUUGAAAUACCAGAUAUUGAGCCUGCCUCGUUUCUACUGCUUUUGAAAUUUUUAUACACUGAUGAUAUAACUAUUUGUCCUGAUACAGUAAUGAGUACUUUGUAUGCUGCAAAAAAGUAUGCUGUACCUAUCCUUGAGCAGAAAAGUGUUGAAUAUUUAAAAAGUAAACUAGGGCCUGACAAUGCACUGACAUUACUUUCCCAAGCUCGACUUUUUGAUGAGCCUCAACUUGCUGAAAUGUGUUUAAAUUGCAUUGAUAAGUACACAGUGGCAUCCCUAAACGCAGAAGGAUUUACAGAUAUUGAUGCUGAUACCCUUAAAAUUGUUUUGCUAAGAGAUUCUCUUAGUGCUCGUGAAAACCAAAUAUUUGAUGCUGUUGUAAGAUGGUCUGAAGUGGAGUGUAGAAGAAGAAAUAUUGAAAAAACUAAUGAAAACAAAAGAAUUGUCCUUGGUGAUUUAUUGUAUUUAAUACGUUUUCCACUGAUGACACUUGAGGAGUUUGCAAACAAUGCUGCUCAAUCUGGUAUGUUAACAGAUAGAGAAAUUGUUGAUUUAUUUCUUCAUUUUACUGUUAAUCCGAAACCUAAUGUAAAGUUUCCAGAUCGCCCACGAAGAUGUUUAACCGGUAAAGAGAAAUCUGUAAUCCGUUUUGCAAAAACUGAAGCAAGAUGGGGUUAUAGUGGAACUAGUGACAGAAUUAAAUUUAUGGUUAAUCGCAGAAUUUAUGUUGUUGGUCUUGGUUUGUAUGGAUCAAUCAAUGUUCCAACAGAUUAUGAUGUUAACAUACAGAUUAUUAACUCAGAAACAACUGCUAUUGUUGGUUAUACUGAUACAAAGUUUAGUUGUGAUGGUACUGAUUCAUUAAAUCGUGUAAUGUUUAAGGAGCCAAUAGAAAUUCUGCCUAAUAUUAGUUAUACAGCAUGUGGAACAUUACGAGGGCUUGACUCUUAUUAUGGAUCUAAAGGAAUGAAAAAAGUUAUUAUUGAAUUGCCAAAUCAUGAGAAAGUCGAAUUUAAGUUUUCAUAUGCUGCAGGAAAUAACAAUGGAACUUCUGUACAAGACGGACAAAUACCAGAAAUAAUUUUUUAUACCUGAUAACUUCAAAAAAAAUUUAUUUUAAUGAUAUUUUCAUGUUUAUAAAGUAAAAGCAAUGUGCGUAA